CCUUGCCGUCCUUCGCACGUGUGGCCGCGCGCUGGACGCCAGUUGCCCGCAUCAAGCCCUCCCCUCCUUCCUCCGUAGCCGUUUUGGCUCGUUUUGGUUGGGGCUGCAGUGCGUCCGGUGGUGCUCAUGUGAUUCAGACGCCAAUCGGGGGGGGGGCGCAGGCGAUACCGCGCAGUCCACCCGCGGGAGGGCCGCACGUGGCCAUGGCUGCCCAUGCCGACGGGCAGGCCACCCCCGAGGAGUACUUCUUUGGCCCUGGCCCCGACGGCAUGCCGCGCGCGGUGACGGCGCCCGCGGCGCCCACCGCCAGCGAGCUGCACCAGGCGCUGGGCAGGCUGAGCUUCUCGGCGGCAGAGGAGCGCCCGAGAGCCAGCCUCGUGGCCACCAGCGCUGGCAGGCCCCGCCACCCCGCCAGCAGUGUCGGCCGCGGCCGCCCGAGGCGCCCGGACGCGCCACCCGCGGGGCGCGGUCCCCUGCCCCGCGCACCGUCGCGGCCGGAGGGGUGGACCUGGCCGGAGCAGAAGCCCGCGGAGGCGGGCGGGCAGCCAGCGCCGCACGCCCCCGCGGGCAGCACCCCCGCCUCGGCGGGCUCGGCGCCGGGGCGCGGCAGGGGCAGCGGCCUGCCAGUGCCUGGCAGCGCAGCGCUGGCCCCUCGGGCCCAGGGGCCGCAGGAGGGGGCCUCGGCCAGUGGCGCGGUUGGCUCUGGGCAGUGCCGCGGGGAUUGCCUUGACCAGCGGGGCUGGCCUGCGCUGAGUGGCGCAGCGCCAGGCCGGGCGCGCCGACGGCCGCGGGGUCGGCCGGGCGCGAGUGCGGAGGGGCUCCUGGAGGUGCCGCGCUCACCUGGCCAGCUGGCGCUGGGCGGCGCGGCGCCAGGCCCGGCGCACGGCCCGGCGCAGGGUUGGCCGGGCACGAGCAGCCCAGAGGAACUCCUGCAGGCGUCGCGCUCGCCUGGCUGGCCUGAAGGCCGGGCGGGCGACGGUGCCGGGCGCGCCCAGAGUCCUGGGUGGGAGGCGGGCAGUGACGGCGGCGGCGGCGGCUUGCUGCCCAGCGGCGCGCUGCAGUCCCUGUCGCGCACGUUGCUGGAGGACGAGGACGCCGAGGAUGGGUCGCCAGCCUCGCCGAGCCAGGGCGCGGCGCCCUCGGCAAGAGGGAGGGUGUCAGGUCCAGAAGCGGAGGAGCACCAGGCUGCAGGCAGCAGCACGGCGUCCCCACCUGGCGACACCGCGGUGCUCUCAUUAAUCCGUGGGCUCCAGGAGGCGGCAGAGAUUGAUGCCGCGUUGCAUAUUCCAACGCGGCCAGGCUCCGAGGAUCAUCCAGGCCAUGUAGGUUUUCAGCACGGCGUGCUCACAAGUGAAUUGCAAAGGAGAUAAUUCAGCUGAGAUUCAUGCCGCGUCUCGCGACUUGUUCCAGUAUUCAUUGGCUCAUUUGUAAUUGCCUAGCGUUGCAGAGCCCAUUGCUCCCCCCGUCGAGGUUCGACGGCAGCGCGAUUUGUAAAUCAACCAUCUCAGGUUGACGCAGUUUUACUGAUUUGUAAAAGUGAUUGUGUCACGCAGUGGCACCCAGAGCAUGGGCAUAUGUAGUUUGUUAUAAAGUUCUGACGCUCUGACGCGUCACGGAGCGUCAGGAACGUCAGAUCCUCUUCCUCCCCCCUCCCUCUCCCUCUCCUUGCCGCCUCUCCCAGA